AUGGUCCAAGCUAGGAAUCGCGUGUCCUUUCCAAAGUUCAUGGUCUUCACCGCUACACAUGGUGCCCAAGAAGGGCUGGAGGACAUGCGGGGAUUACCGUGCUAUCAACGCGAGAACCUGCCCCGCCAGGUAGCCGGAGUUCCGAAGACUGCCAUUACCACCCCAUUCGGCUUGUUUGAAUUUCAAUUUAUGACGUUCGGCUUACGAAACGCAGUGCAGACGUCCCAGCGAUUCAUGGACGAGGUGCUGCAGGGUCUCGAUUUUUGUUACGCAUACAUUGACGCAUCACCAGACGAACACCUCCAGCACUUGGAAACUGUGUUUCAGCGUUUGAGACAGUAUGGCGCCGUUAUCGAUCCUAUGAAAUGCCAGCCAGAUGUCAAAUUCUUGGGAUACCUCGUUUCCGGCGCAAGUACACGCCCACUUCCAGAAAAGGUCGAGGCAAUCCGAAGCUUCCCGCAGCCAAAUACAGUAAAAAAGUUGCGCAGGUUGAAUUUUUUUAGGAAAUUUCUACCUAAGGCGGCAGAGACCCAAGCACCAUUGAACGACCUCCUCCAGGGCAACGUCAAAGGAAGAGCUUUGGGCAACUGGACACUAGCAACGGUGGCCGCAUUCGAGGCGUGCAAAGAGAGCCUCGCCGGAGCCACAUUAUUAUCACAUCCCGAGCCGACUAUUUUUUCGGACGCGUCAGAUUUGGCUAUAGGAGAAGUCGUCCACAGAAGGACAAUGGUCACUGGCAACCGAGCACAUGGUGGAGGCACGGUCUUCCAUCUAUACAGGCCACAAGCCGAUCACGUACGCCUUUCAGACCCUAGACACCUGGACUUCAUCAGUCAAUUCACAACUGACAUUCGCCACAUUGCAGGGACCGCAGAUACUCUUUCCCGUAUCGAGGCCCUGGAGACCUCGAUCGAUUUCCAGGCUCUGGCAGCAGCACAACAGCAGGAUGACGAACUCGAAAGAUUUCGGACGAGGAAUACAGGCCUUCAGCUCAAACUGGUACGAAUCCCAGGCUGCGACGUAUCGGUACUCUGCGAUGUCUCCACGCGAACAGCGCGUCCUUUCGUCACCAAGUCGUUUCGCCGAGUUGCAUUCGAGUCGAUCCACCGUCUAUCUCAUCCAGGCGUUGAAGGCACCGUAAAACUGGUGACGCAAUAUUACGUCUGGCCAUCAGUAAAAGCAGAUCGUAGAGAGUGGGCUCGCAACUGCGUAGAGUGCCAGCGUUUGAAGGUCUCAGGCCACGUCUCUUCGUCCGUCGGUACGUUCUCGCCACCAUCAGCGCGGUUUGAGCACUUGCACUUAGAUAUAGUAAUUGUGCCACGCUCAGAGCAAUCAGGAAGCAACAACCGUGACACGAGCCUUCUACGAAGCAUGGAUCGCACGAUUCGGCAUCCCGCUAUGAGAACCACUCAUUUGAGAACUACAGCCUACCACCCUUCAGCCAACGGAAUUGUUGAACGCCUACACCGACAGCUAAAACCGGCAAUCAUGUGCCACCACAAUAAACUCUGGACUGAACCCUAUCCACCGUCAUGCUCGGCAUUCGAGCAGCAUGGAAAGAAGACUUCUAGGCCAGUCAACAGUCAUGGAACGCGACAUGGAACAAAGAAGACCUUCCUUUUCAAUGAUCUCGCUACCUCCGAACAAGUUUUUGUACGCCACGACUGUCCCAAGCAGCCGCUUCAACAACCACACAACGGUCCGUACAGAGUCGUACGGCGAUUGGUGAAAACAUUCGUCGUCAAUAUAAAAGGUCGCGAUGAUACCGUUUCCAUAGAUCGGCUCAAACGCGCGUAUGUACUCAAUGACGAUACGCCCACGUCAUGGUUUGGCCGCGACACUACGAGGACGACGCCCACAACUGACGAACCAGCACCCUUCGCAGAUCAAUCGCGCGACGACGACGAGGUGCCAGAUUCCACAACAACGAGGACCACUAGGUCAGAAAGACGGGUGCGCUUCCUUGAGCGCCUACAAAGCGGUUUUUCCCGAAAAACACUAGCAGGGGGUACUUUCAAGCACCCUUCUUUCUUCUUCCUCGAGUUCUAA